AUGAAUGGUCAACUGAGCAUCAAGGGAGAAGGAUUUGAGCUGUCGAGCAAUUCAGACGACGAUGUUGCAAGCAUGAUUUCAGGUGGUUCAACCGACCACUACAAGUACAAUUUGACGGUCAAAGCGAGCUCAAGGGUGAUUCUGAACGCUGGUACAGGGUUCUUCAACUGGAGGAAAGGUAACACCACGCAAUGGUCAUUCCCAAGUGGCCAAACCUCGGGCACGUUGUCUAUCGGCGAAUCACUGUACCAGGUUAAUGAGGAGCGCUCAAUGACGUGGUACGAUCGACAACACGGUGGUAGUGGCCCCGACGGCGGAUUCACCUGGUUUGGUGUCCAAUUUCCUGGCUCGAAUGUCAAGGCUAGCAUCUGGCACUCCGACAACGAGGAUCCCGAGCAGCGUCUCCGCUUUGCGACUGUUCGUAAAAACUACGGCUUGUCAAUAGUACGGUUCAAUGCGACUGCCGACCCGAACGAGGUAUGCACAUCGCCAACAAGCAAAACUACAUACCAAACCAAGUGGUUUCUCGACUUUGACAACGGAGAUUUGCUGGAAGUCACUAGUGUGAAGAGAGACCAGGACAUUCCAGCGGAGGGGCUGUUCGCGGCCUCGGCCUUUGCGUCUGUGAAAGGACGGUUCUUCGGACAGAAGAACAGGUUUGCGCUUGUUGAUGUUGUGCCUGCUGCAUAA